AUGUCGGAGUUCCUGGUGGGUCUGCUCGGGGAGCGGCUCGUCAACAGCGAGAAAGCCGAGGUGGACGUGCACUCGCUGGGCGCCAAGCUGUCCCUGGUCGGGCUCUUCUUCGGGUGCAGCCUGAACGCGCCGUGCAAGCAGUUCAACGGGAGCCUGUGCGAGUUCUACAGCCGCUUCAAGAAGGCGUCCGAGCACAAGGACAAGCUGGACGUCGUCUUCAUCUCCUCGGACCAGGACCAGAAACACUGGCAGGACUUUUUGCAGGAGAUGCCCUGGCCCGCGUUACCUUUCAAAGACAGACACAAAAAGAUGAAGCUGUGGAACAAGUACAAGGUAACCAGCAUCCCAUCUCUGGUGUUUGUGGAUGCAGCUACGGGGAAGGUGGUGUGUCGAAACGGUCUACUGGUGGUCAGAGAUGACCCCAAAGGCCUGGAGUUCCCCUGGGGGCCGAAGCCAUUUGCCGAGGUGGUGGCAGGGCCUCUGCUCAGGAACAACAGGCAGACAACAGACAGCAGCGCUCUUGAGGGACACUACGUGGGAGUGUACUUCUCAGCACACUGGUGUCCGCCGUGCCGCAGCUUGACCCGGGUCUUGGUGGAAACGUAUCGAGCCGUCAAAGAGUUGGGACAGAAGUUCGAGAUCGUGUUUGUGAGCGCUGACAGGUCGGAGGAGUCCUUUAAGCAGUACUUCAGCGAGAUGCCGUGGUUGGCGGUGCCGUAUUCAGAUGAGGCUCGAAGAUCACGACUCAACAGACUCUAUGGGAUACAAGGUAUUCCCACGCUGAUUCUGUUGGACGCAGAGGGUCACAUGAUCACGCGACAGGGCCGCGUGGAGGUGCUGAACGACCCGGAGUGCCGGCUCUUUCCCUGGCACCCUCGGCCCGUGCUGGAGCUCAGCGAGUCCAACGCCGUGCAGCUCCACGAGGGGCCCUGCCUCGUCCUGUUCGUGGAUGCCGAGGAGGAGGGGGAACUGGAGCCGGCCAAGGAGCUGAUUCAACCAAUAGCAGAGAAGCUCAUGGCAAACUACAAAGACAAGGAGGAGGAGACGCCGCUUCUGUUCUUUGUGGCUGGAGAGGAUGACAUGAGCGACUCCCUGCGGGACUACACUAACCUCCCCGAGGCCGCACCUCUGCUCACCAUCCUGGACAUGUCGGCCCGCGCCAAGUACGUCCGCGACGUGGAGGAGAUCACGCCGGCCGAGGUGGAGCAGUUUGUCAACGACUUCCUGGUUGAAAAGCUCAAACCAGAGCCCAUCUGAAGAGGACGUCUGAAUAUAAAUGAGACACACUAUAUUGGGACUCACUCCAUCAUCGAACCCUGACCUGUUGCUACGCCCCUCACUCUCCCCCCCAGCCUCCCACUGUCUCUCUCUUCCCCCCCCUCCUGACUCUGUCAGACUCUUAGAGAGAUGUCUCACUUUUUACUGACAUUUUAACAUUUUUUUUAGACAUGUUCCCUCUUUUCAUGGAGUCCUCUCUUUCUCCUGUGGUGCCUUGCAUUGACUUUAGUCCCUACAGUAAUAUAUAUAUGGAGAUUCUGUUGUUUUCUUUUUCUUUUGGCCUCAAGAAAAGUAUUUGUAUUUUUUUUCACACUGUAGCGUUUCUAGAGAAAAACAGAGAAUUACCCAAUGGACCUAUUCUUCAGCUGAUUCUUUGCUUCCUUAUUGUUAUGUCUGCAAGAUCCUUGUUACUUUUGGUUUUUGAAUGAUGUUGAGAAAGAAAAAUGCAUUUUUACAGUUGUGAUUCAUAUGUAUGCUUAGUGCAAAUGUGCUAAACCUCAGUCGGAUGUAGCCGUAAGCCCUCAGGGCCGUAUUCUAAACAAACUACAACAGUCUGACAGGUUUCACAUAAAGAUCACGUUGCUUGUAACAGAACAGUGACUGAUGUUUUUAAACCCCCUGUGUCUUGUGUGUGUGUGUCACGAUGUGAGUGAACGUCAUCUCUAGCCAGUUGUAAAUGGUGGUUCUCAUCUCAAAGUCAUUACGAGGAUUUUCUGUGAAGAUCCUGUGAUGAAAAGGGCCGGGGGGGUUAACCUGGAGGCACAAAAAUGGCAUUUUAGAAAAGUGUUGAAUGUAUAAAUCCCUCUUUUCUGUUACUUCAGUCACGACUUCUCACACUCCCAUUAAAAAAUUCACUGCCAA